GUCGUUGAGCGGCGGUGAGGGUGUACGUACUUGUUCUUUCCGACAGCCAUGUUGUCUCGGUAUACUCUAUGUAAUGAGGCGAGACCGAAAGAGGGCAGAACUCGACUGGAUGCGCUUGCGAAGUUCGACAAGGGCAGUGGGACAGGCGUGUCCGAGAAAUCUCACGUGACUCCGGUGCACUAGUUAAUUCGCUGCCCUUUCCUUCUUCCAGGGCUGUUGGACUUGCGACUCUUCGAACUUUGACCUGGCGCUGCAUCGCAAAACAAGGACAGCAGAAGCCAACGCCAAUAAUGUCAGACUACGAGGGAAGCGACGCCGGCGGCGACUUUGACGAGCCUGUUGACGACUUUGAUGAGCCCUUGGACCUUGAGGCCGAGGGUGACCUCCCGGAAGGACUCCGAACCGAAAUUCUCAACCAGGACGAGCAACAGAUCGACGUCACCACUACUGCUGCACCUGCCAAGAGCGGAGUUCCAGGGCCGAUCCCAAAACACUUACGGCUGACGACUCCCUACAUGACAAAGUACGAGAAGGCUCGUGUCCUCGGUACACGGGCACUGCAAAUCAGCAUGAACGCGCCAGUUAUGGUCGACCUAAACGGCGAGUCCGACCCAUUGGCGAUCGCCAUGAAGGAGUUGAGGGAACAAAAGAUACCGCUAAUGGUGAGGAGAUAUAUGCCGGAUGGGAGUUGGGAGGACUGGAGCGUUGAGGAGCUCAUCCUACCCGAGUAAUGGAACAAGGGAAGAGGAUGGAGAAUCAGAGUGAGGGCAUCGUUCACAGGUCUUCCAGGAUAUCUACGAAACCACAAAAACUACCACCAAAGCAAACGAUUGCAUCAAAACAAACGAUUGAGCCCAUUGAGCCCGGUUCCGAAAGCGAAGCCUCAGAUUCGACAUCAGAGCAAAUGGCCAAAGUUUUACAUUCUGACAUGCUGAUGCCGGAAGCACCGUCUCGGCUGUCCAACAUUCGCGCAAAUGAGCUCCAAAAGGCGUUGAAAGCGGAACAUCAGUUACUACAACAAAGUCAGGCGGCAAUUGUAGCG